UUUGAGAUAUAUAUUAGAUACAGUUGCUAUCUUACGGAAUAUAUGAAGCAAUGCGAUUUGGCGUUGCUCGUAGGAGUGUGAUGCUUCUGUUGGAGCUGCCUGCGGGCACUAUGCAUGACAUGGGGGUGAAUGGUAUUUAAAUGUCCAAGGGUCCCCCGCCUAGUUUUACGCCCCCGAUACUUGAUGGCAAGUCAAGCAGCCCCCUACCUCUCGGAUAAAUCGCGAUGAUAGAGCACAAUUACGUGGUCUCCCUCGGCUCGGAAGGGAGUCUAGAGGAGGGGGGGAAUGAGCGGCGCGAUAUGGUGCCAUGUCCGGAUCACUCCGCCGGAAGGUGGAAGUAAAUGGGAGGAAAAUCCAUAAUAUGUAAAUAUUAGAGCAUGAAGCCCCCUUCGGGGCAGUCAACGCGUGCACCUAGAUUCACCUCUAUCGAAGAGCGUCGCCCUGCUCCUUCUCUACCAAGCCAACCACCAUCUGCACGAAUUCCUCAAUUUCUUCAUUACCCUCCUCCCGAAGCUUCCGGAGCUUUUCAAUAGCGGCUUUAGUUUCAUGCUCUUCCGUCCAUUCCCGCUCGCGGGUUUCGUAUCCUCCUCCUCUGCCACCCCCUCCUCUUCCUCCUCUACCUCUGCCCCUGCCACCACUGCGACUACGGUAAUUUGAGUUACGGCUGUGUGUGGGCUUCUGGGUUGCGGCGUGAAUUGAGAGGAGGUGCUUUCGGAGUGUGGGGGUUAAAGGUGUUGUUAACAGUGGAGAGAAAGGGUCUUUGUCUUCGGGUCGCGCCUCGGGAAUGGUGGGGGUAGCGGCGGGAGGUUCUGGCGGCGGUAAAGCUGGUGAAGGAUUUGCUUCAUGUUCGGCUUUGUGCGGCUUGUAGCAUGUGAGGGAGCAGCUAAAUGCGUUAGUAUGUGUUUAAGUGCGGAAGAAGGGAGGGAUUGGGUUGGGGGGUAUACUAUGGAGCUCUACAAGUAGGGCAUUUGUAUUUCGACUCAGCUUCCUGACAGAUCCUGCACACUGUCAUGUUGUGUGGUUGAAGAGUUUAUGUGGUGUUUGUUGGUGGUUGAGGCUUCUUGGGCAGCUUCUCGGUUGCCAUCGCUUACAAAUUUCGUCAUAGGUUACCCUUCGUCGGAAACUUCUUCGCCCCACUACUCGAGUAAACCAAACAGUCUCACCAUAGCGACCGCUUACCGAAACAAACGAUAAACGAACGGCCAUGUCUUCACGAACGCUUCUCACAAGACUGUUCCUCCAAUCCCGACCUCACUUUGCCCUCCUCCCACCUGUGCGCCAAUUCCACACCCUCUACCGCCCCACCGUCCCACGCACAACCCACAUCCUCCGAACACCCAAGCGCACACUCUUCAUACAAACCGAGUCGACGCCCAACCCAUCUGCCCUGAAAUUCGUUCCCGGUCUCCCGGUCCUACCGGAGGGCUGCCAGUCACAAGAGUACAUUGACGGCCGCGAGACCCACAACUCCCCGCUUGCUCGGAAGUUAUUUGCCGUUGAUGGAGUUCGUAGCGUAUUCUACGGGCCGGACUUCAUCACCAUUACUAAGGAUGAGGAGACACAGUGGGCUUUUUUGAAGGCGGAGGUUUAUAGCCUUAUCACUGAGGCGUUGAACAGUGGGGAGCCGGUUGUGCUUGACGGCACUGCGGAGAGCAGCGAUACAAAGAGGGAGGAGGGGGAUUCAGAGGUGGUUGGGAUGAUUAAGGAGCUGUUGGAGACGAGGAUUCGACCGGCGAUUCAAGAGGGUGGGUAUUACUUUGCUUCUUUAGGCGCGAGUAGACUGGUACUAAUGUACAUGAAUGAACAGACGGCGGAGACAUCGAAUACCGCGGCUUUGAGAACGGCGUUGUUAAGUUGAAACUUAGGGGCGCCUGUAGAACAUGUGAUUCUUCGACAGUAACAUUAAAGAAUGGAAUUGAAUCUAUGCUUAUGCAUUAUGUGCCUCCCCUUCUUUCCUCCUCCUCCCCUCCUAAUUGUAUUCAUGCUAACCAACCAAACAGAUCGAAGAGGUCCAAUCAGUCGAGCAAAUAAUGGAUCCAGAAGAAGAAGUAGCUGCCCGUGAAUUUGAAAAGUUUGAAGAAAAACUCAGGAAAGUUAAGGGGCCAGAGGCAAUCGCUAGCACUGGGAAGGGAGGGCUAGAUAGCGCAGAGGCGUGAAGGGCGGGAUUUUUUACUGCCUUUCCCCCCUUCUCCUUUCCCCUUUCUCCUUGCGAAUGCAACUGUAUAGGCUUUUGAGGGUUGGUCUGUUUUUUCUUUUUUCUUUGCUCUUUGCAUAGGCUCUUGGGAAUAGACAUUUUGGACUUUGGGCGUGAGAUGCGAUCAUGGUAUAUCACUCUUGAUAGAAACUGUGUUGUGUCGAAAUUGUUGGUUUAGUGUGAAAGCAUGUCCGGCCUGCUACCAUAUCUCAAGGCCCUUCUUCGGGAGUUGUCUAAAAGUACGUAGAUAGAUACUGAACUCUCUCACCGCUGCCAGUAGGACUGCGGCUGGUAAAUUUUCAUGAAGAGAAACAACCAGCAUAAUAAAGGGGAGAGCGGACAGGAGGAGUACCAUACAGUACUCGAGUACAGUAUAGUGAACAACCCUACCAACUUCGAUGUUUGCCUCUAGAUUUUUGGUGUACCGCUCGCCCUCGCCGCUUGUGUUUGUUGCCACUCAUAGCGUGUUAAUAUCAGGCACUAGCCUGACACAUGCAAUAGGAACUACAUGGGAGUGUGUAAGUUGUAAACUUUCCCCGCCUUUUAGAACACUUCAUGCUAGCGGCACUUGAUUGGCUGGGGAUGCUGUACCUCGCUGGCCUCCUGCCUAGUCAGCUGAUUCCCACUAUAAUCUCCAAUCCUGUGGUAUGGGUCGUUUGUCUCAGUCCGUAGUGAAAUAUAGGCUAUUUGAACCACUUAACCUGUUUACAGUUUUGUACAGAAAGACAAUAUAUGAUGGUAAAGGCAUUUAGGGUACUCAGAAUGGCAAUUUGAGGGAGGAAAGAGGAGUAGAGGAGAAUGCUAGGAUUGAAGAUGAAAUAGCGGCCCAGGGAGAAAUACUGGAGAUUGAAUUUGACUACCAUGGUUAAAGGUUAACUUGUUCUGCUUGUUCUGUUUAACUCAAUUCGCGUAGGAUAUUACCUGCUCUGUGUUACCUAAAGAUUUUAUAGUCUACUUGGGUAGCUGAAUU